AUGAAGUUGUGGCCAGUUUUGUUGUUGGUGGCUGUUGGAUGGGUGCAUUGUAUGACCGUUGAUAAUGCAAGUACAAAAGCAUUACGAUCGGCAAUUACAUCUGAUGAAUUAGAAAUCACAAUCCGUGAUUUAAAACCAAGAAAAACAGGAAGAACUCUUCCAGAAGUCCUCUUGGCUGUUGAUUUUCCUCAUGCAGCAUAUAGAUUCACAAUUCUUUUGGAUUGGACGUCACAAACAGUUGUUUUGGAAACUACCAGACUUGGCCAAAGCGAGUCAAAACAAGCAUUUGCUCUACCAAACCUGGACACCGAGUCCUUUGUGUCCUCCUUAAUCCUGCACGUCAGGCAGGAGCGUCCUGAUGCCCGAAUUGAAGUAUAUGAAAACUGUGAGCUAAGGGGCACUUUCCAUACCAAUACCACUUUUAGGGACGCCUUUGAAUCAGAGGAUGAUCACAAGAGGGUUGUCAAAGUGAGGUUACUCGAACAAUGUAUUAUUACUCGAACAAAUGCAAUGAUCUAUAUGCUAAAGAUAUUAGAAUAUAUGAAUUGA